GUCAUCAGAGGUGAGAGAGAGAGAGCAAAGAAGCUUUGUCUUUUGCUUCUUUGUAAUAAAUUCAAUUUCAUUCUAUUCUUUCUUUAUAAGUUAUCAUUUAUUAAACUCUUCGAUCAAAACCGACUCUUUUUUCUUUCUUCUUUCUUUCUCUAAAUCUUUGAUGAUGAAGAUCAGGAAAUGAUCACUAUGGGUGAAAAUAGAAAGUUGUUUUGGUUUUAAUGGAGUUAGCAAGAGCUCCUGAAACAGAGAAGAAAGCUUACUGGGGCCCUCUCAUGGCUUCUAAUAAAGGCAACAACAACAACUAUCAAAGACAAUUGCAACAACAACAACAACAACAACUACAACUACAUCAAGAACAACAACAGCAGCACCUGCAAGACCAAAUUUCUUAUGGGUUGAUGCAGCAAUCCUCAUCAUCUUCCAUCAAUGGAAAUUUCAUAAAUAAAGAUACAGGAGCUUAUGACUUGGGUGAAUUAGAUCAAGCCCUCUUUCUCUAUCUCGAAGGACAACAACAACAACAACACUCAUCAUCUCAAGAACAAAGACAGAAUUCAGGGUUCAGGCCACCAACUCUGAACAUUUUCCCUUCUGAGCCUAUGCAUGUAGAGCCAUCAACAAAGGGAAGUAGUGUUGUUUCAGCUUCACCAACAAGCAGUGGUUCAAAGAGAUCAUCAGAGCCAUCAAUGGAGUUGGCCAACCAGCAAAGAACUGAUCAUGUCCCUUCUGGUCAUGAACAAGCAAAGACGGUCAAGCAGCGUGAAGGAAAUCGGAAGGGACCAAAAUCUAUUUCAGAGCAUGAAGGGCCCAAAACACCAGACCCUAAGACACUUAGAAGGCUUGCUCAGAAUAGAGAAGCAGCUCGAAAAAGCAGGCUAAGGAAAAAGGCAUACGUACAGCAGCUUGAGUCAAGUAGGAUUAAGCUCACUCAUCUUGAACAAGAGCUCCAUAGGGCUAAAUCCCAAGGUAUGUUCUUUGGAGGAGGAGCCCUUCUAGGGGACCAAGGUCUCUCCUCUGGCAUUAACAAUAUCAGCUCAGAUGCCGCAGUUUUCGACAUGGAGUAUGCGAGGUGGCUCGAGGAUCACCACCGGCUCAUGUGCGAGCUCAGAGCUGCGGUGCAAGGACACCUGCCGGAGAACGAGUUACGACUCUUUGUGGACAAUUGCCUUGCACACUAUGAUGAAAUGGUGAAUCUCAAGAGCAUGGUCUUGAAAUCAGAUGUGUUUCAUAUUGUCUCCGGCAUGUGGAAGACACCCGCGGAGCGGUGCUUCCUGUGGAUGGGUGGAUUCCGGCCAUCAGAGCUUAUCAAAAUUAUUCUGAAUCAUAUAGAGCCAUUAACGGAGCAACAGAUCUUAGGGAUAUGUGGGUUACAGCAGUCUACACAGGAGGCUGAGGAAGCUCUGACGCAAGGGCUUGAAGCACUUCACCAGUCUCUUUCCGACACCAUUGCUUCAGAUGCGCUAAGUUCCCCUUCUAACAUGGCCAACUAUAUGGGCCAGAUGGCUUCUGCCAUGAACAAGCUCUCCACCCUCGAAGGUUUCGUGAGACAGGCGGAUAAUUUGAGGCAGCAGACACUGCACCGGAUACACCAGAUCUUGACGACUCGACAAGCUGCGAGGUGUUACGUGGCCAUCGCUGAGUACUUCCAUCGGCUCCGAGCUCUCAGCUCUAUUUGGUGUUCUCGACCACGCCAAGAAUAAAAUACCAUUUUCUAUGAUCGAUAUCAUCUCCU